AUGGCUAAGAACUGUGGGAAAUGUGUAAAAGCAAUUCGCGGCAUCGAAUUUGCAAAGUGUGGUGGCUUCUGCGACAAUAUAUUCCACUUCACUUGUUGCGGAACAACUCGCCCUGUUUACGAAACCAUCUCCUCUAACUCUUUCUGGCUUUGUGAUGAGUGUCGCGCUACCGUAAACAAUCGUUGUUUAAAGGAACUGUGCGAUAACGUUCCUAUUGUGCUAUCGCUCAAGCUUGAGCUGGAAGAAUUAAAAGUGCGAAUAACAACGCUGACCAGUGCAAUUGAUGCUAGUGUCGCUAGCACUACAGCCAGUUUGCGUCAGUUUGAGGAAAAGCUGGCCGAGUGUAAGCCCGUUAGUUCCACCAAUUUGAAUGACAAACCGGGAGCUACUCCGCGCGGUAUGCAGAACUGGCCUACAAUAAGUCGCCCAGUGACUAAAAGACGCCGUGAAGAGCAAUAUGCUAAUAACCGGGACGCUAUUGUUGGAACGAACUCCAGCCUGCUAACAUCAAUAGCUACUGUUCCUGCCGCUGAGAAAAAAUUCUGGAUUUAUAUAUCCAGAAUUCACCCAGAUGUUUCGUGUGAAAAUAUUCAUGAAAUGGUCAAAGAGUGUCUGCAAUGCGAUGAGCCAGCUGAUGUGGUGAAAUUGGUUAAGAAGGAUGUGGAUACAAAAACACUCCGUUUUGUUUCAUUUAAAAUAGGCAUUGAUCCAAAACACAAGACCACUGCCCUUUCACCAAGCACUUGGCCCGCCGGAAUAUUGUUUAGAGAGUUUAUUGAAAAUGGACCAAAAAACGGCCGAGACCUGGCGCCUGCAACGCCUCUGACUAUAACACCUGUUUGCCAAUAA